GUAGAACAUUUCUGCUCUUUUCCCCUUCUCUCACAGCUCACACUCUGCCUCUCGCGCGCCCCCUCCGUAUCUCUAUCUUCCUCCAAACCCUAGCCCUGCCCAGAAUCCGCCGCCGGUACCAUGUCUGGCGAAACACUCUAUCUCCGCGGCACCAUGCGUGCCCACACCGACCAUGUUACCGCCAUCGCCACACCCAUCGAUAACUCCGACAUGAUCGUCACCUCCUCCCGUGACAAAUCCCUCAUCGUCUGGGAUCUCACCAAGGUCGAGAAGACCUACGGUGUCCCCCGCCGUCGCCUCACCGGUCACUCCCAUUUCGUUCAGGACGUCGUCCUCUCAUCCGACGGCCAGUUCGCUCUGUCCGGUUCCUGGGACGGUGAGCUCCGGCUCUGGGAUCUCGCAGCCGGUGUCUCCGCCCGUCGCUUCGUCGGGCACACCAAGGACGUGCUCUCCGUCGCCUUCUCGAUCGACAACCGUCAGAUCGUGUCCGCCUCCCGUGACAAGACCAUCAAGCUGUGGAACACGCUCGGCGAGUGCAAGUACACCAUCCAGGACGGCGAGGCGCACUCCGAUUGGGUAAGCUGCGUUCGUUUCAGCCCGAACACUCUCCAGCCCACUAUUGUGUCCGCGUCCUGGGAUCGUACCGUGAAGGUCUGGAAUUUGACCAACUGCAAGCUGAGAAACACCUUGCCUGGCCAUGGUGGCUAUGUGAACACUGUUGCUGUUUCCCCUGAUGGCUCGUUGUGCGCGAGUGGAGGGAAAGACGGUGUGAUUUUGCUCUGGGAUUUGGCAGAGGGUAAGAGGCUUUACAGUUUGGAUGCCGGUGCUGUGAUUCAUGCGCUCUGCUUCAGUCCCAACAGGUACUGGCUGUGUGCUGCCACUGAGAACAGCAUUAAGAUCUGGGAUUUGGAGAGCAAGUCGAUUGUUGAGGACUUGAAGGUUGACCUUAAGGCCGAGGCUGAGAAAUCUGAGGGUGCUGCACCCAACACUCUUAAGAACAUCCAUUGCACAUGCUUGAACUGGAGUGCAGAUGGAAGCACCUUGUUCAGUGGAUACACCGACGGUGUGAUUCGAGUUUGGGGCAUUGGCCGCUGAAUCGUUUGGGUCAAGAGUAUUAAAGGAGGCCUGUUUUUUGUUCACUUGGUAGGGAACAAGGGAUUUUUGGAGACUAUGUUUUGAGAUAUUUGUCAUAGAAGUGAAUCGUGCAUUUUGCUGAUGUUGGUGAAUUUUCAGUUUGUUAAUGAGCCCUAAGAUGUUAUGGUAUUUUGAUCAUACAUUAAUUAUGUGCUCCAUUUGGUUUGAGGUUCUACUUAGUACUACCCUCUGCCUCUAGUUGCUGAUAAAUGUGGUAUCUUUGAAGUCGGAGCAACAUCAGUUUUUGAUCGUUUGUGGUAUAGCAUCCAGUUUUAGGCCUCAGUCUCGUCCUGGCCAAAAUGUAGGCAUCCAAGGUCCCCUCAUAUCUUGUUGCACGAAUGAUCAAGUUAUUUGCCAGCAGCAUCCUGUAAAGCAAAUGUUGAUCCGCCAUAAUCUUAGCGACUUGUUUCUGCAUCGAAAUAAGCCACAGAUUGGGUCGAAGAUGAUGUGGAAAGAUGGGAAGACGUCGAGGCUUGGAGAGGCACGAAAAUCCUGAGCUAGUGGCCGUUGAAGAAGAGCAUGAUUCGCCUCCGUGACCUGAAAUCGCCAUUGAGCAGCUACAGUCUCCACCAUUAUUUGUUGGCGAUCAAGAUAAACACCACAUCUGUUCUCCAAAUCCUCCAAAGGAGACGACCUGCAAAAAUAAAUAAUCUCCAUCCGGGUUGUCCUUUCGAUAAAAAAAAUAAUGCGUA